UGCUGUUUUGCUCGAAAGAUCUGAAGCUAUGGAUGCAAAUAUAGCCUAUCCAAAAGACAACAGAACGUCAGCUAAGGCUAAAACACUAAGUGUUUACUAUGGUAUCACGAAACGUGUAGAUUUUACUGAGAGACAAAGUUAAUCUGUGCCAGUGAUGAAGGUGUAAAAGAAAAUUGGUCGCUGUGACGGCUGUCCGGAUGCAUGAAGACUGAGCAACCCGUGAGAAGCAGUCUAAGAAACCCCUUACAUGCAGGCGAGAAGCAGAGAUCGCGACGUUACGUAGCCGCCAUUUUGUUUCACCGGGAGUAAAGAAACCAACCAGAGAGGCGCCGGGCGUGAAUUUUUUUCUUUUAUUUGGACUACCCUCAACACGGCGGAUCAGCAUCGUGCAUUCACGUUUAGAUUCGCAUGAUGUCUGGAGACAUGGCCACAGAUCAUGUAAACGGGAAUGGUACAGAGGAACCAAUGGACACUACUGCAGCGGUUACCCACUCAGAGCAUUUCCAGGCUUUGCUGGAAGCUGGUUUACCUCAGAAGGUUGCUGAGAAGCUAGAUGAACUUUAUGUAGCAGGCCUGGUAGCGCACAGUGACUUAGAUGAAAGGGCAAUUGAAGCUUUGAAAGAAUUCAACGAGGAUGGAGCCCUUCAAGUGUUGGUCCAGUUCAAAGAGAGUGAUCUGUCACAUGUGCAAAACAAAAGUGCCUUUCUCUGUGGGGUAAUGAAGACUUACAGGCAGAGGGAGAAACAAGGGACUAAAGUUUCCGAUUCCUCUAAAGGACCUGAUGAGGCUAAAAUCAAAGAACUCCUGGACAGAACCACCUACACACUUGAUGUAACAACAGGCCAGAGGAAGUAUGGCGGCCCUCCACCUGAGUCUGUGUACACAGGUGCCCAGCCCACAGUUGGAACGGAGAUAUUUGUUGGAAAGAUUCCUCGUGACUUGUUUGAAGAUGAGCUGGUUCCUCUUUUUGAGAAAGCCGGGCCCAUCUGGGACCUCAGGCUAAUGAUGGACCCACUGAGCGGCCUGAACAGGGGCUAUGCUUUCGUCACGUUCUGCACUAAAGAAGCAGCCCAGGAGGCAGUGAAGCUCUGUAAUAAUCAUGAGAUCCGGCCUGGCAAGCACAUUGGCGUGUGUAUAUCUGUUGCCAACAACAGGUUAUUUGUUGGCUCCAUUCCCAAGAGUAAAACAAAGGAACAGAUUGUAGAAGAGUUUGCUAAAGUCACAGAGGGCCUCAGUGAUGUCAUACUGUAUCAUCAACCCGAUGACAAGAAGAAGAACAGAGGCUUCUGCUUCCUGGAGUAUGAAGACCACAAAACAGCUGCUCAGGCUCGCCGUCGGCUAAUGAGUGGCAAGGUGAAGGUCUGGGGCAACGUGGUGACGGUGGAGUGGGCCGAUCCUAUCGAAGACCCUGACCCAGAGGUCAUGGCCAAGGUGAAGGUUUUGUUUGUGAGAAACCUUGCGAAUGGUGUCACAGAGGAGAUCCUGGAGAAGUCCUUCAGCCAGUUUGGAAAACUGGAGCGAGUGAAGAAGCUCAAAGACUAUGCCUUCAUUCACUUUGAAGAGAGGGACGGUGCAGUGAAGAGCCGGGGAGGCUACUCUUACCCCCCUGACUACUACGGUUAUGAUGACUACUAUGACUACUAUGGCUAUGACUAUCACAACUACCGUGGCGGCUACGACGACCCCUACUACGGGUAUGAUGACUUCCAGGCCCCAAGCCGAGGGCGCGGUGGAAAUAGGGGCACCCGGGGAGGGGCCUCUCCAGCCAGAGGACGUGGUGGUGCGGGGGCACCCAGGGGCAGGGCCAAUUUCUCCCAGCGUGGUGGGCCUGGACCGGGCCGUGGCGGGCGGGGGGGAAGGGGGGGGAAGGCGGCGGUGAUGAACCUGCUGUCACGAACUUUAAUAUGUGGCUGUAUUCGUUUUCUCUG